UAGGAACAUCUUAGUUUCGUUCAGAUUAUAUUUCUAAGGCGGACCAUUUAUUUGUUAUUUAUUAAAUGUUUUAAAUUGAAACCUUCGUAAGAAGUGCAAUGUGGCAUUUGUUAAAAGUAUAUUGAAUUUUGAAAUAUGACAAUAAACUUGUUUCUGUCUUUUUUUCAGAUUGGUAUCAUGUGUUCACGCAGUGGUCCAUUUUACCAUUGCAUGUUUUGUAAUGUCCAGGACGUAUCACGAUGUAUUCUAUGCAGACUGCCUGUUAUUAGAUCAGCUAUCCGUGUUUACCUUCGCCUACUGGAUUUAUGAUGUCGUGAUCAUGUAUAUCUCUUAUUGUCGGGAGAAUCAGAUGAUGAAAACACCAUUUUUAAUAACCUUAAGACCAUUCCUAGGAGAUAACCCAUUGAUCAUCGUUCAUCACAUCGCAGUAGUUUUCGGAGGUUGCCCUCUUACCUUGCACUACCGGUUCGGUAAAGCAGCCUUCAUGAUCUCGUGUGUGCAUUUUACUGAAUUAAGCGCUCCGUUUCUCAACAUCAGGAAGAUUUUUAUAAGGCACGGUUACACGAAAAAUCUUGUAUUCAAGAUCAACUCUGCUAUCGCCGUGGUAACCUUCUUUAUCGCAAGAAUCGUUCUAUUCCCCUCCAUAUACCUCAUCUAUGCCUACACAUACAAUCAAACUCUGUGGGAGGUGGCUAAGUCCAUGUAUUUUGGAUGCCAUUUUGUCAUGUUUUUGGUGACGGUGUUGCAGACGACGUGGUUUGUUAUUUUCCUGAAGACAGUGACAAAAGAUCGCACGUCUAACGUCUUCGUGAACGGUCGUCAACAGAACGGACAUCGCAGUGCAGACCAAAAUGGCUACCAAAAUGGUCGUGAUGUUGGGUAUCCUAAGAUGAAAAAAUCAGAAUAGGCAGGUUAUGAUUAAGUUGCGUCUGCAUAUCGGUCCAACUUCGUUUACGCUUUGAUAUUUUAUAUCUCAUUGAGUAUGAUAUACACAGUAAGUUUUAUUAUUUUAAAAAGAUGAUGAGAAUAACAGUUGCACGCAGCUGAUCCCAUUCAUCAAGUCAUUUUUGGCUGGUUAGUUUGAGUGAUGAGUGAGCUAGGCUUAUAGUCACUUUUAGCCUAAUUAUUGUGUGAAACGAAGUGCUUGUUUUUAAUGUCAGAUAUUGGUGUCUUUUUCACAACACUGUGAGACUAUAGAUCAAAUGUAAUACUAAGAAACGUAAAUGUCAUUUCACAACCAAUAAAGCGUUAUUUUUACAGCGAUCAUUUCCAUUAAUCGGCUUCAAGUGUGCAUUUUUCAAAUAAUUAUGAUGAAUCAGUAUAAUAUUGGCCCGUAUGACAUUAUUUUGAUAAGAGAAAUAUAGAUAAUCUCCUACUCCACUCUAGAAACUGUAACUACCCAAUAAUAUUCAAGUGGCUUUGAAACUUUGGUUUAAAACCAAGAUGACAAAUCCAUGCUAGGCAAACCAGGUCAAGCAAUGUGUGUGAGGGUGGGUAGAUUUUUUGUUUAUUUCGCAACCCAUGCAAAGGCAAGACUAUUUACGAUAUUUUUCGAGACACAUUUUCAUGAUGACAAGGGUAUAGGGAGGGGUGGGGCAAGUAGAUGUUGGUUUCGUUGGUGUGAUCGAAAAGAAGUCUAAAUGACCAAAUGAAAUAUCAAAACUAAAACUAUCAAACAAUGUUUUUAAAAAGCAAACUAUUAUCCUUGUGCAAAAAAAAUCACGAAACAUUGCUAAACUCCUCAAAAUCUCACUUCCUGGUUGGUUGAUGAUGACAUGUGAAUCCAACUGUCAACCUUUGUAGGUGAUCACUCAUGAAAAUGCUUUAUCGAAUCAGUUAACGACAGAACUGGGCUAUAAAGGUAAUUUAGAUUUCAAAAUAGGCUUCUGGAGGCAUGACAGAAGUGGUGUCAAAAGUGGGGGAGCAGGGACAACGCCCCUAUAUGUUUUUUUUUAGUAUAAAAAGGAGGAGAAAAAUUUGACAAGGAGAAGAAAAGGUUAACAACAAAAUAAGGAAGAAAGGAAAGGUUUGGGCUGUAAAAUUUAUAAUACCGCGCUGAUUCAGUUGAGAACAAAUAUGACGUCAUGUUUAGGCCAUCUUGCCCCCCCCCCA